AUGGCUGCAAGUGGUAGGAAUAUUGGAAAAUUUGCAUUUGUAGAGAAUUUUUGUAACCGAAAGCUGUAUUUUGUAGGCGCUGAAGGUGAACCAAAGCGAGAGUUUGUGGUGCCGGAAAAGCUGGUCAAAUCACCCACCGAUAUGGAGCUGUGGAGAAUGUCCGAAUGCUAUUACGAUUUGUUGGGGUUCAUUAGCAGCAUGGCGGUCGCAUUGCAAGGCACGCGCAACAGUCAGGAAGUGCCGAUACCUCCAAUUGUAGAAAAGCUCAUGAAGGUGUUAGAUCGACUGGAACAGCUGGCAAUCGAAACGCCUCCGGUUGAUCAGCCGGCUCGAUUCGGUAACGUUGCGUUCAAGAGCUGGUUUCAGAAGAUGCAGUCGGAAAGCAAGCAGCUCAUUGGCGAUGUACUGCCGGAUUCGCUGAAAGACGCAACCAAGGAGCUGUGUGUCUAUUUUGUCGACUGCUUCGGGAAUCCAACACGCAUUGAUUACGGCACCGGGCACGAGCUGGCUUUCAUCAUGUUUUUGAUGUGCCUAUUCAAGAUCGGUGCUUUCGAGCGCAAAGAUGAAGUAGCGGUUGGGUUGAAGCUGUUCCAGAAAUACAUUAUAUUAGCUAGGAAGCUACAGGUGACGUACCGUAUGGAACCGGCCGGCAGCCAUGGUGUGUGGAGUUUGGACGAUUUUCAGUUCGUUCCCUUCAUAUGGGGCAGUGCGCAGCUGGCUGUGAACAGUCCGAUCGAACCGGCCCAGUUUGUGGAAGAGAAAUCGAUCGCAAAAUACAAAAAGGAGCUCAUGUUCGUCAGUUGCAUCGACUACAUACAGCAGGUGAAGACGGGUCAUUUUGCCGAACACUCGAAUCAGCUGUGGAGCAUCAGCGCUGUCCCGCAGUGGUCGAAGAUCUCUACCGGACUGAUUAAAAUGUACCAAAAGGAGGUGUUGUCCAAGUUUCCCGUUAUUCAGCACGUGUACUUCGGAUCGAUCCUUACGCUUAAAACGGUCAAGCCGGGUACGAUGUUACCCAAUCCAAGGCUAGGCAUGAUUCCCCGGCAGCAUGCUCCGGCGCCGGCGGCAGUUCCAGCUCCUCCAAAAUUCCCCGGUGGCGAUGGAAUGUGA